AUGCAUGACUGUUUUCUAAGAAUACCUAGAAUUGUUGAGAGUGGAAGCUCAAUUCCAAUAUGCAAGACUGAAGUGGUGAACAACAAUUUAAAUCCAACAUGGAAACCCCUAUGCCUAAGUAUGCAGCAGUUUGGAAGUAAGGAUAACCCAUUGAUUAUCGAGUGCUUUGAUUUUAAUAGCAGUGGCAAACAUUCGCUUAUUGGUAAACUUCAAAAGUCAGUGGCCGACCUGGAAAAACUUCAUGAAGGUAAAAGUGGUGCAAAUCUUACUAUAACAUCUCAUCAUGGUCACAAGAAGGUUUUGAAGGGAGAGCUGUUUGUGGAUCUAUUUUGUGAGAAGGAACAAUAUUGCUUUCUUGAUUAUGUUUCUUGUGGAUUUGAGCUCAACUUUAUGGUUGCGGUUGACUUUGCAUCCUCAAAUGGAAAUCCUCGAAACCCAGAUUCUUUACACUACAUUGAUCCUUCUGGCCAGUUGAAUUAUUAUCAGAAGGCUAUAAUGGAGGUUGGGGAGGUCAUUCAGUUUUAUGAUUUUGAUAGGAGCUUUCCUGCAUGGGUUUUUGGUGGAAAAACAUUUGAUGGAACCAUCUCACAUUGCUUCAACCUGAAUGGAAGCGCAGGUAGCUUUGAGGUUGAAGGAGUCGAAGGCAUCAUGUCUGCUUAUGCAAGUGCUCUACAUAAUGUUACUCUGGCUAGACCAAUGUUGUUUGGCCAAGUGAUUAAAACAGCUGCUCAAAUUGCAAGCCAAUCCGUUUCAUACAAUAGCAAAAAAUACUUCGCUUUGCUCAUUAUUACGGUUGGAGUCCUUACAGACCUUCAAGAAACGAAAGACGCUUUGGUGAAGGCAUUUGAUCUUCCACUAUCAAUUCUUAUAGGGGGAGUGGGAGGUGCAAAUUUUGGACAAAUGGAGGUCCUUGAUGCCGAUAAAGGACAACGAUCAGAGAGCUCUACAGAUCGUGUUGCUACACAUGACAUUGUACAGUUUGUUCCAAUGCGAGAUAUUCAUGGUGGGCAGAUUUAUGUGGUCCAAGCUCCUUUGGAAGAGCUACCAGGACAAUUCUUGACGUACAUGCGGUGUAGAGAUAUCAAGCCACGCCCUCUCCAUGAGCCCAAGCGUCUGGUACUCAAGCAUAUGUACCAACUCCACAAAAGAUCUAUAUAUAUAAAUAUGGACACACGUUGGAUAGGGUCAAAUAAGGUGUGAUACUACUGAUCAACAGGCUCAACUACCAAGGCUUUUUGAAGUCUGUCCCACUGAUAGAUUGACCUGCCUGAAAAUAGGUGUUUCCUUCUUCCUUCGUGGGUGUGGGCAAGGAGUUACAGUUUUAAUGCCAAGAAAUAGAAGGGUAUAUCAGAUUGUUCGACGUCCCUCUCUCCUCCUCGAAAGAAACCCCCAUCGAGAGCCUUUCCCUCUCCUACUGAUGCUUGUCUCUUCCUUUGCUCCAAGUUCUUUUUUAAUCCGCGUGAGCCAUUGAAGGCCAGAUACAUUUUGUUUCAUCCAUUCAAAAAUCUCACUUGCACGCCACCAAUGGAAGCUUCAGUUCUUGAUCAUUAGGACAGUUCAUCCGGGCCGGUUUUUACCCAGCCCAACCUGGAACCCGGAUAACCAGAUUUCCGAUUGGGGUUUUCGGCCCAGGUCAAAUCCAGGCCGGUACCCGCAUUCUAAUAACAUGUUUCAUCCAGUCCAGACCCAGUUAUGAAACCCGGGUUCCGUAUUAACAGCCGGUACCGCCCCGGGUUGGUACAUUUACAUAUAUUCUAGCAUCCGUAAGGAGUCUGGACCAACCCUCUGCCUCUCUAUCUCCUUCUCUCACACACACAAAUGAAUCCCUAGCUGCCGUUCUCUC